AAGAUUGCGAAUGUUGGAAGCACGGAAGCAAAGCAAAGGCUAAGAAUGGCGGCAACCCAUUCCUCUAUCAUCAAAUCCCACAUCAAGCCUAAAUGACUCCACCCCACCCACUAGAGAGAUACAGAGAGAAUUUUUUUCUCCUUCAGAAAUAAAGAUAAGCCCCCUAUAUGCUUGAAAUUAAAUACAUGGGGCAAAAGAAGGUGGUCUAGCUUGCUUUGGUAUCUUUAAAAAGAAAGCCCCAUAAGCAAGAAAAUUGGAGAAGGUUGAAAUUUGUGUACAAGAAAGGUUCUUGUGGUUUGUUUUAUGGAAAAAGGGGAUUUCCUAAAUUGACAAAAAAAAAUUGUUCUUUGUUUUUCAUUAUGAUGACAACAGAUGGUGGCUUAAACGUUUCAAACAAGGUAGCCAAGGAAAUAAACACCACUAGUAGUAGCAGUAAUGUUGAUUAUGGUGUGAAGCUACAUCAACCUAUUGAUCAUCAUCAAUCAUUUCCUUCUAGUACUCCUAUGAUAGUUCCUCAUGUUAAUCACCACCGUCCACUGUUUGACAAGGGUCCCACAUCAUCAUGUGAUAGAAACAAGUCUUUGAUGAGCAAUAUAAGUGAUCGUAUGUACCGUGUUGUUGCUGGUGGUGCUACCAGUGGCGGUGUAGCUGGGGUUAGGAAUUUUAAGCCUUUUGACAUUUCUGAAACAAGCAUCUAUACAGCAGCUUCUCCCUUCAGAUCCCCAGGAGGCAAUAUGGCAGCGUCUUUGGGGGUUCCUUUUACAAAUACACAGUGGAAAGAGCUUGAAAGACAAGCCAUGAUAUACAACUAUAUAACGGCCUCAGUCCCUGUGCCUCCUCAAUUUCUAAUUUCAACCCCAAGAAUGGGGAAUGGAUUGAAUGUAAGGUUCUCAAAUGGGGCAGAUCUAGAGCCAGGGAGGUGUAGGAGAACAGAUGGGAAGAAAUGGAGGUGCUCAAGAGAUGUGGCACCUGAUCAGAAAUACUGUGAGCGUCAUAUGCAUAGAGGCAGACCCCGUUCAAGAAAGCAUGUGGAACUCAAUGCAAGCAAUAACAACAACAAGAAGAACCGCCAUAAUCCUGCUAUUUGUCCAGAAGCUCAUGUUACCGUAGCCAUUUCUAAACCCACUAUAAACAACAGCAACAGUGGCUCUGCCUCUCACGAUCAGUUUUUUGGGCCUAUGCCUCAGCCACAUAUCCAGACCCCAGUUUUUGUAAACAAAACCAGCGAGAAGACUUCAACUUUUGAUGUUAAUGGAGCCUAUGGUUCCACAUUCAAGGAACCCAGGAGCUUGGACUGGAUGUUGAAAGGGGAAGGUGGUCCAAUAGCCAAAAAUGAUCAACAAUGGCCACAUCUAGUGCACAAAGAAAUUGAACUAGCUCCUGAAGGUUCCUUUAACUGUGCUUCUGUUCUCAAACAGCAUUACCAAGGAGAGUCUUUGAAUUUGAACUCAUUUGGAAAUUUUAAUUCUAGAGAAGACCAACAAAGCAAUCAAUAUAGUCUGUUUCUUGAUGAGGCUCCAAGGAGUUUUACUGAUGCAUGGUCUAAUGAUGCAAUUUCUAGAAGCACAAGUUCUGUUUCGUCAGAUGGGAAGCUCCAUCUUUCCCCCCUCAGUCUAUCAAUGGGAAGCAAUAGGUCUGCAGAUGAUGAAAUGGGUCAGAUCCAAAUGGGUUUGGGCCUGAUCAAAUCAGAUCGAAAUCAAGAAUGUGGCAACACCAGCAGCACCCCAGGUGGCCCCUUGGCAGAGGUGUUACAACUGAGGACAAGCAACACCACAGGAACCAAUCAAUCUUCUUCUAUGAUGGAAAAUGGUGAGUCUAUUAGUCCUCCAGCUACUACAGUCUCUUCUCCAUCUGGGGUCUUGCAGAAAACACUUGCCUCGUUUUCUGAUAGCAGUGGUAAUAGCAGUCCAACUCUUGCCAGUUCAAGGACCAAACCUGAAAUUGCCAUGCUUUGGUUAAAUCAAGGCUAAGUUUGCCACUUUCUAGUUAGUUAAGGGCACAACGCCACAGGGGCAAUAUAUAUUUUUAUAAGCUUGAUAUAUUUUUAUGGUUUUGGUGGUUCUUGAAUUAGUUGGUUAUUUUGUGACCUCUUGAAGUAUGUCUUUUGAACGACUAAAUGGAGUUUUGUUUAGAUUAUGUGUGGUGCUGUAGGAAGAAGCAUGUAGAGUUGAUGAUGUUUUGUCCUUUUGCUCUUGGAAAUGAAGGUGGGCUCUUCUUCUGUUAUUAGUGAGGGAGACUUGCCAAGCUCUCUUUAUCGGAAAA